CGGCUCCUCGGGGCCCAGGCCGCGGCGGAGAAUGAGGCGGAGGCGGUGGCGGGUUCCAGGCGGGGCCGCCAGGCUGGAAGCAUCCUGCGCUGGUUCAUCACCGUGAUCCUGUGUGCUGCUUUCCUGGGGCUGGGAAUGAGUGUUGCAAUACUGGGACCUACAUUUCAAGAUUUGGCAACAAACGUGAACCGCAAUAUAAGCAGUCUUUCUCUGAUUUUCGUGGGCCGUGCCUUUGGAUUUUUGAGUGGCUCAGUGAUUGGUGGAGUUCUUCUUGACAUUUUGAAUCAUUUUCUACUUUUGGGGGUGUCAAUGUUGACUACCACAGUUGGUCUUUAUCUUGUUCCGUUUUGUAAGACAGCAGUAUUACUGAUUGUCAUGAUGUCCGUCUUUGGUGUCUCAGCUGGCAUUCUGGAUACAGGUGGUAACGUCCUAAUCUUGGCUAUUUGGGGGGACAGAGGAGCCCCCCAUAUGCAGGCCUUACACUUCAGUUUUGCCUUGGGUGCCUUUUUGGCUCCCUUGCUGGCUAAGUUGGCACUGGGCACGACGGUGUCUGCUGAGAACCGCACAGAGGCUGACUCAAGCCAUUCUGCCCUCAACCAGUCAUCUGAAGCUGACUCAGAAUCUGUCCUCGGAGUACCCGACAAUAUGAAUCUGCUGUGGGCGUAUGCUCUUAUCGGUACUUACGUCUUUGUAGUUGCUAUCUUUUUUUUGGCUCUGUUUUUAAAGAAAAGCUCAAGGCAGGAAAAAGCAAAAACAUCUGCUCAGAGGUCUCGAAGAGCUAAAUACCACAAUGCCCUUCUCUGUCUCCUUUUUCUGUUCUUCUUUUUUUAUGUCGGAGCUGAGGUCACAUACGGCUCUUAUGUUUUUUCAUUUGCGACCACCCACGCUGGCAUGAAAGAAAGUGAAGCGGCUGGGUUGAACUCCAUCUUCUGGGGGACCUUUGCAGCCUGCAGGGGCCUCGCAAUCUUUUUUGCUACGUGUUUACAACCUGGAACCAUGAUUGUGUUAAGCAACAUGGGCAGCCUGGCAUCGUCCUUACUGCUGGUGCUUUUCGACAAGAGCCCGGUUUGCCUCUGGAUAGCGACUUCAGUGUAUGGGGCCUCCAUGGCAACCACAUUUCCCAGUGGCGUUUCUUGGAUUGAGCAGUACACCACCAUCCACGGGAAAUCUGCAGCGUUUUUUGUCGUCGGUGCCGCCCUGGGAGAAAUGGCUAUUCCUGCAAUAAUUGGAAUUCUUCAAGGAGAGUACCCUGAUUUGCCUGUGGUUUUAUACACCUGUUUGGGGGCAUCGAUAGCCACCACUGUUUUAUUUCCCGUGCUCUAUAAAUUAGCCACCGCACCUCUCCAUCCGCAGCGAAAAGGGCACAGAAAAAGCGAGGACCAGAAAGCUUUGCUGUCUAGUUCUGAGCUAAAUGACUAUGAGGAUGACAAUGAAGAAGAGGAGGCAGAAAAAUGGAAUGAAAUGGAUUUUGAAGUGAUUGAAAUGAAUGAUACAAUGAGGAAUUCUGUAAUAGAGACAUCUAGAAGUAUUUUGACGGAGCCCUUAGCUGAAGUCUCCAGUCAGUCCCACCCCAGCGCAGUGGUGUUGCAGUCCCCUGUGAAUCACCUUGCAAGAAACCAGGCAAAAAGGGACUAACACCUGGAGAAGAUGGAUUAUUCUGACCUCCUUGAAUAAUCUCCAGUUCUCAUGAAGCCAGGCAGAGCAGAGCAUUAACAGAUUAUCAGCAUACUUUGGGGAAUCAAAAUUUCUAGGUCAGAGUAUAGCAAAUGCUACAAAGUUUUGAAAGGUUCUGUAAUUCCAGAAUUUUCCAUAAAGAACAAAUGGUCUCGUAUGGCAGGAUCUUCUUGUGAGGCUAGUGUUUGGCAUGUGCCUGAUUAGGUAAUGUUCUACGGUCUCUACCCCUCAGAGCACACAAAGAAGGUGUUUGUAGUUGAGAAGUUGGGUGCUGUUCUAAUAGAACGAAACCAUCUAGUAGGUGAAUCGAUUAGCAGAGCAAGUGGUCAGUCAUCAGUAUUCUACCAGGGAAGUAGAGGAUUGUUGUUUCACAAAAGAGCAACUUUGAAAACGGACAGACAUUUUUUAUUAAUUGCUUUGCCCUCCCUGUAGUGUUGCACGGGAGAAUGCUGAUGCUUCGUUUGAUUUCUGGUUUCUAUGAGGAGAACACAGACAGAACCUUAGAGACCUCGCUUCAUGACUGCUGCUUAUAGUUUUCUGGCUCUAUGCUCAGUCCCUUCACUUAAGUAGGCCUGGUUUAUCUGUCUCCUGAUACAUAAUUCUAUUAGUGACAAUGAGAUGAUUUUCAAACCAGGAAUCCAUCAGUUUCGAAGUUUGUACAAGAAAAAAAAAGUAAAAAAAAAAAUUCGUGCAAGGUGUCUGUUAGAAAUUAACAUAAGUGCCAUCCACUCUUCAUUUCAAAUGAGAAGUGAAACAAAGUGAUAGUUUUGAGAAUACUACUGGUUAUGAAUACAUGUCAAUUUAAGAGACUCUGUGUUUAAUAAUUACCCGCGAAACACAUUUUUCAGUACUGUGUUCCAUCAGUUCUGAGAUGCACCUUUUUUUCACAUUUGUAACAGCUCUGAAAUCAGAAUAGGUCUUUUAAAGCCCAUGGUCACUUAACAUUUUGUGACAAAAUUUAAUUGACAGUUAUCCACAUACAUUUACAAAAUAAUGUUGCAUGUUACAAUCGGCAUCUUACAGUACUUCAUUCAAUUAUGGAGAUUUUACUAUUUUUACAGAUAUUUUUAAAAAGUUAUUUUUAUAUGCUGAUUUUUUUGAUGUUCAGGUGGGAUUUGGAGAUGGAAUGUUCCGACUUUAAAAGUUGUUUGAGAGUUACUGUGUUAGUAGUGGGGUCUACCUUAGUAACGAAGUCUGGGUCUGGGCCUUGCUCUUACAGGAUUUGCUCCUCAUUGAGUCUGGCUGGUAAUCACACUGUAGGCACUGUCAACCAGGCUGCCAGUGUCAUUUACAAAGAGAUGUAUUUGGAAUAUUUCUGUCACACACACCCCCCCAACCCCUCACACAGGGUUCUUCUUUUCUGAGUUUGAAGUACCUGGGAAAUGAAAAUAAUGAUUAGAAAGGGGCUUGGUGGCAUAGGAUUCCGGAAUCACAAAGGGUACUUCAUAUGAAUGUGGCAAAGCUGGUGCGAGCUCUCGUUUGAUGAAUGACUAGCACUGAUGACAGCUUGUGUUUACUUGUCUUUACCAUGUUUUAUGGUGAAUAAUGUUUCAUUUCUACCUGCUUGCAA